GGGAUUGAACGUGGGCCAUGGAAGUGAAAGCCCAGAAUCCUAACCACUAGCCCACCACAGAACUCCCUAACCUGGAAUUUAUUUUGGCACUUGAUGUGUAGUAGAUCUCAGAACAAUUUCUAAUCAUCAGGCCUAGUUAUUGCUUCAGUUACUUAACCAAUGCCCAGUACAGUCACAUUGUCAAAAGCUUCUGAGACACUGUAAUAGUGUGAGAAAUAAAACUCAAGGUCAAGAAGACCUGGACUCUAUUUAUAACUCUGCCUCCUCGUCCAAAGCUCAGUUUCUUGUAACAUGUCCCCAGGCCCUUGCACUGAUGGCAGAUAAAGGGACAUGCAGGCAGGUGCAGGGACGCAGAGUCCCUUUGCCUUGGCAGCCUACUCUCAGGGCCUGCACAAGGAGCUCCUGCCUGGCUUCCCAAAGGACUGAGAAGUGCCAGUUGAAAUUCUGUGUGCUGGGGACUUCCCUGGUGGCGCGGUGGUUAAGAAUCCGCCUGCCAAUGCAGGGGACAUGGGUUCGAGCCCUGGUCUGGGAAGAUCCCACAUGCCACAGAGCAACUAACCCCGUGCGCCACAGCUACUGAGCCUGCACUCUAGAGCCCUCGAGCCACCACUACUGAGCCCGUAUGCCACAACUACUGAAGCCCGCGCAUCUAGAGCCCGUACUCCACAACAAGAGAAGCCACCGCAAUGAGAAGCCGGCGCACCUUAACGAAGAGUAGCCCCCGCUCUCUGCAACCAGAGACUUUCCAGCUGUUCUGUCUGGCCAGGUCUGAGAAGGUGCUGCUGAACCCUCCUUUUCAGCACUUCACCUUAAAAGUGUGCGGCCAUUUCCACCCCCUUCCUCCUUUGCCAAACUUCAGACGCUGGGAAAACUCACAGGUGUUCAGGGUUGCAAAGCACGUGUGGCUUAUUCUCAACACAUUCCUGAAAGCAGCAGCAACUUCUGAAACCCACCUCUUCUCUGCACAUCAGCUCUCCAACAGGUUCACAAAUAUUAUCCCCAAAGCUCUGCUGUUCGGGUUGCGAUUCAUCUGCCACUCAUGAGGAUCCUUGACACUUCAGGUAUCCAAAGAAUGAAACCUGAAAUCAAAGACUAGAAGCAGAAAAUCUGGAGGUUCUGACUUACAUGGGCUCCUGCUUCAGAUUAAUAAGAAACCAGUCCAUCAUCUGCCGCCAGCUGGACCCAGUGGAUCUCAGUGCUGCCUGCCAUCAGAAAUCUGAACCAUGCACCGAUUGCUUGCUCUGUGCUCCACUUCCACGACCAAACCCUGCUUUCUGUUCAGGAAUUGAUUUUAAAAUCAGAACGAUAGAACUAGAUGGAAAGAAAAUUAAGCUUCAGAUAUGGGACACAGCGGGUCAGGAAAGAUUUCGAACCAUCACGACAGCAUACUAUAGAGGAGCUAUGGGAAUUAUGCUGGUCUAUGACAUCACAAAUGAAAAGUCCUUUGACAAUAUUAAAAAUUGGAUAAGAAACAUUGAAGAGCAUGCCUCUUCAGAUGUUGAAAGAAUGAUCCUGGGCAACAAAUGUGAUAUGAAUGACAAAAGACAAGUGUCAAAAGAAAGAGGGGAGAAGUUAGCAAUUGACUAUGGGAUUAAAUUCUUGGAGACAAGUGCAAAAUCCAGUACGAAUGUAGAAGAGGCAUUUUUUACACUUGCACGGGAUAUAAUGACAAAACUCAACAGAAAAAUGAAUGACGGCAAUUCAUCAGGGGCAGGUGGACCAGUGAAAAUAACAGAAAACCGAUCAAAGAAGACCAGUUUAUUCCGUUGUUCGCUACUUUGAUGAACUCUUUCUGAGAGACUGCAGCACACCUAGAGGACCCUUUCCUGCUUCUCUGAAAGCACAGGUCACCCAGCCUCAGAAUCAUCCUGCCUGGCUGCUACUGAGAGCACCACUGAACCUAGACCUAGAUUCUGCACACAGAAUGUGCAGUGGAUUCCAGCCUCAUGGCCCAUCAAGAUAACAGGCUGCUUCUUUCAAACGUGGAAACAAUGAAGUGGAGACACGUGCAGGACUUAACUUGUUUUUCCUCUGUUUUAUUGCGUGUUGCAGAAGCUGCUAUCUUUUUCUUUUUCACUUUGCACAUCAGUUGUUAGCCUUUCCUUGUUACAGCACAAUCUGAGAUUCACAUCUGCACACUUCUGUCUGAUGAGGUUCUAGACAAAUUUGCAUUCGGGAAUGUUUAAAAAAGAGUAGAACAUUUAAAGCAGAGGUUAAUAUACGAAAAUUAUAGCAUAUUUGGUCAGGUUCAUAUGGCCAAAUGUUAUUGCAUUGAUAGCAUUUAUUUAAGGGCUCUGAUUUUCUUAAAUAAAAGAGUCAUUAAAUUCUGAUAAACUUUAUCUUAAAAAUUCAUAAAAAUGCCCAUCUGCUCAUCGAAGGCCACAGUUUCUUUAUUUCUUCAGAUUGUUUACAGUUUUGCUUCAUUCCUGACUUUUUUGCCAGAGAGUCUGGGUAACUGAAUAAAUCACUUUUUCAGGUGAUUUAUUGAUUACCUCUGCCUAAUCUAUUGACACUGUAUUUGGAAAUCACUUUAAUGUUGCUUUUCUUGAGUUUUGUAUUUGCUCUUCUUUCCUGUGUUUGACCUAUUAUAGUCACUCACCUAAGACAUAACAUAUUUGAACACUGUUGUCUGUUUCUAAGUGUAAGCUUCUUAAACUGAAAUUUUACAUGGACAGAGAGACACACUAUUUAGGGUUUUAUUUCAGCAUCUAAUUGUUGUUCUGUCACAUCAGCAAACAUAAUAUAUUUUUUCUUAGAUUCACUCCUUAGCUGUUGGUUUAGUAGUAAUGCCCAAUUCUUAUCAUAAUCCCUGUCUGCAAGAAUUAACGAGUUAGAUUUAGACUUAGUUCACAGAACGCUUACCUGUAGGGAUAGAAAUUAAUUUGUGGAUGUAAAUUUCAUAGAGAUAGCUGUUGGUAAUGGUGAAAAUAAUGAUUUUUUUUUAAUUUGGGCUUUUUUUAAAAAAAAAAAAUAAGAUUAAUUAGACCUAGUGCAGCCUCUAGGAAGAGUCUUGCCAUUUCAUUAGAGCAAAUAUGAGCAUGGUUUCAGUUUUACAACAGCUGUUGUUGAAUGUGUAGAACCCAGUUCCAUCUGUUCAGGUGCAUUGUUGUAGAACUUGGUCCAGCCAUUUGGACCAAAGCCAACCAAAAGACUUAGCUGCCUUUCUCACCAAACACUGGUACUGGUAUGCCUUUUGUAGAUGAAACCGUCACGUGAGAAAAAAAGGUAUUUAGUGUUAACUUAAUGUGCCAAAUUCAUUGUUGUUAUUCUAGCCUUCAGUGUCAUAACACAGAAGGGAGUAAUAAAGAGGUGAUUAGGAAAUAAUAAUUAUUCUUUCUGUUAGGCCUGUUUCGUUUCACAAAGGUUAUCAUCAUGCUUGAUAGUUAUGUCUGGGAGAUGAAAGUGGAAAUGGAUUGCUUGUUACCGCAGAGAAUUCUGCUUCAAAUUAAGAUGUAUCAUUAGAAUACUUGGACCAGUCAACCUUUACUACUUGUUUGAAAACUUAUGCACAAUUUAGUGGCAGGAAAUAUAUACCAGAGCUAUUUUUGAUGGGUUCACUAAAUUUAUUGUUCACAAAUUUCAGUCUCCUUGCUUUUUUCUUUCUUUUUUUUUUUUUUUGUACUUACUUAUAGGCUUAAAGGCACCAGUUGGUGUCCCAGUAAAAUCAGUAAUUCCUUGAUCAAAAGUUGACUGUAAGUCUACCAUCUUAAAAUUAGAUAGAUUUCUGGAACAAAAAAGAUAAUUUCUUAGAAACAUCUUGUAUUCACUGAUUUUCAGAAAAAGAUCCCAGCAGUUAAGCUUUCUGGACGGUAACAAGGUAAUUUCUAAAAGGCAAGUGCUAUGACACCAUGUAUGAAUGUAACUCUCUUAGUAAUUUACCUCCAACUCUUUGGUGUCUUAACACUUUGGUUUAUAUCUCAGGGGUUGUCUGCAAACCAAAACUGACAUAUUCUGUGGUUAGCCUUUUUUUUUUUAAACAGAAUGCUUUGCUUUUGUUUUUUUUCCUUCUCUCUUCUGUUGUCUCAUAUGGGUUAAUAACUAGUCUCCAUGAACUUCCCUUUGAAAGAGCCUAUAAAAGUUAGAUGAGUCUAAAAGUGUUCUUUGAAGUAGCAGCAAACUGGGGGUAUAUACUGUUAUAUAGAAAUAAAUUGUCCUUGCUAUUUUCUUACAUUUAGCUUUGCUAAAUUGUAUAUAAUUUGAGCUAAGACCAUAGGAGAUUCACUUUCUGCAUGGUAAAAUGCCCUAAUAAAUAUUCCACUUUGCUUAAUAAUGUACAUAUAGUGCAUUAUUUUUUCUAUUUGUAGAUGAAUUUAGUGGCAGAUAAUUGUCUGUUCCCUGCUGAAAUCUAGUUUUGUGUGAACAUUUUUGUGGUUUUAUGGAUAAAGGUACAUGAAGGUUUAUUGCAGCAGUAUUAGUGGUUCAAUGGCUGCAUUUUAUUAUCAGUGUGCUAAUUUUUGACAAUGAUUGGACUAGACCUUUUCAAAUGGAGUCUGAGGGUAUCAGACAAUGAAAAUGUGCUGUAACUAAGUAGCAUGUAAAUCAGUUGAUUGUAAAGCGUUUCACUGGGAACUUAUUUUAGCUAUAUUUUACUUCAGACAGAUUAUGAGAAAAUAAUCCACCUGUGCAUCAGUUAGGAGGUGCUGCAGGGUUUCUUACUAUUUACAUGAACAUUUUGUGCAGUCUUUGUUAUAAAUUUUCAGAAGACUAUACUCUUUACUUUGAAGGACUAUUUUUUAAUUAUACCUCAUUUAGCUAACUAGUAUUCUAAUACCUAGUAGAAAAACAGUGAGCCAGCCUUUAAGUAUCCAACACAAUUUAGACUAUAUGUUUUGUUUUGAACUAAAGGCAUCAUUGGAAAAAGUAGCAGGUAGUUUAGGAUAGAACAUACAUGUCAUAUCCAGUAGCGCAAAAAAAGUAUUAUCUUCCUGUCUCCAUUAAUAAAUUUAGCUGUGAAAUAUAGAUAAAUGUUUGCAGAAAUUUCUAAAUAAGAGAUUAUAACUCCAUUUUACGGGUUCUGAAUGCUGAGAAUCUGUAUUAAGGCUUAUAGUUCUUCCUGUGAACAGUAAGUGAUAUGUGUAAGCAGACUUCCUUUCCUAGUUCAUGACUUAGAUUUCUUUGUAAAUUUAGUUCUUAAUCUUUAAAGAUGAGCUUCUAAGCUUAAAAUUUUAAAAUAGCAUUUCAUUAUGUUGGUUUACUUUUCUCUGAUUUUAAGCACUCAUUUCUGCUGUCAGAUUUUUUAUAAUUUUUCUUUUAACAGAAAGGACAUUCCUUUUUCCUUCUUGUUAUAUCCAAAGAAGUGGGUGGGGGAAUGUCUAAAAAUGAAAUUCCUUGUCCUAGAGGGACCUAGAUGGACAGGAUAUACUAAUAAAAUUUCAAAUGCUAGCACAAUUUUACAGUAGAAUUGGUCUUUUUUCAGACUAAUAAAAUUAAUGGAUGUCAUGUUCAGUAUGAAAAAAACUAAAUGAAAUUUACAGAAAUGAAAAUUAGCAAACAACUAGGGAUAUUUUCAAAUUUUCCUUCAUUUUUUGAAAUGCUUGUGCCAUACGCAAUUGCAUUUCUUAUUGCCAAGAACUAAUAGAACUUCUUGUUUUAUUUCUUACCUUUUUUUAAAAUGUGAAUUUAAUUAUAAUUCAUUCCUAUGGCCUUACACAUGGGUUUUGUUUAUUUGCAGCUGACACUGUCCCUUUAAAUACUGUAAACUAUUUGACUAAAAUCAUGCCCCUAAUGGGAAAUAUCCGUUUUUUCCAUAGAAUCAUCCUACUGUAAGUUUCAGCAUAUUUUACUUUUGCUCCAAUGGCUUAAUGUGAAAAAGCUCCUGCAGAUAAAGUGGACCUGUCAUGUUGUUACUCUUGUUUAAGCCAAUUCAUUAACUGUGUACUGAUAAUGAUGCUGUGUUUUUUUUAAGAAAAAAUGGAUUUUAUUCCAGGUGAACUUUUUUUUACAAUAAUGUUCGUCUAAAAUAAAAACUACAUAAUGAAAAUA